AUGAGACACUCCGCUUUGGUCAUCCACCCAGGAUCGAGCAUCGCUUCGAACAGGGUGUCCCUCUUCGGCUCGAACUUUUGGCACUAUGCCCAGAAAGAGGCAUUCUUCCACGAGAUUGAUCAUGACUACGACGAUGGAACCGUGUCGUACGUCGAUGCCGACAAGCCAAAAUGGAGGUUCCUCGAGACAGCGGCUUGGGGAUACUUCUCCUUGCCUCUUGGAAGCCCGUACAUUCCUGGCUUCCCUGCGUGGCAAUUGACCACGAGCUCGUUUGCCGCGCAAGGCGGCCUCACCAUGCAGAAUGUGCUCCCGUUCUCUACGGAGACCGUUGUCCCUCUGGCGUCGAGGACGGACUUCCAAGCCGUCUUCAUGCAAGGUCUAUAUCGGGAUCUUGCUUUCAAAGACACCGGUAUGUCGGACUUCUUUCGCAUUCUCGUAAGGGUGCAGUCAGCUCCGACCGACUUCACUGCGCCAGAGGCAGGCACCCAUGUCCGCGUCGACCGCGCCGUCAAGCCCGGAGAGAAUGAACAGGCCUUUAUGGGCAUAGUCUCAUCAAAGAUUGGCAAAGACGCCGACUUUGUCAUCUUCGCGACGACGGAUAGCAAGGUGGCGGCAUCUAGCACCGCCAGGGAAAACGGCUUCAUAACGCUGCAUACCACGGCCUUUAUCAGCCACGACCAGACAAGGCAACUGCAGUACCACUCCGAGCUCAAGCUCGACACGCCGUCAAACCUCUUCAGGACCAAGGACUUGAUGUUCGGGUCCGUCACGGACACCAUCCCCGGCGGAACGAACCUCGUCGAGUUCGCUUUCGAGGAAGCUCGCAGUCGCAAGUGGCUGAACAACGACGCCAUCGCUCUCAGGAAUGACGUCGUCAGAAAACUGAGGGCAAAGCUGAACGAUCCACAGAUUGAAAGCGUUCAAGGCUGCGCUAGAGUCCUGCAGGCAGUGACUCUGCACCAUCCAAGGCCCUGCAGGUACAGGAAAGUCGAUAGUACUCUCCAUCAUUAUACUAGCAGCAGCGGCCGCCGGCCUCAACGUCAAGGUUGUUGCCCCCAGCAAUGGGGCUCUUCAGCGCAUUCUGGAAGUGGUCCUUCGCGACGCAAGGUCGCAACUGUCAAGCCUCCCUCUCCGCUUCUCGCGGCUCUACCCGAUGCAGGUCGAGCGUUCUUUGUCCAACACAAGUAG